GUUUUCUUCCGUCAUCGUUUCGGAUCAUCGUUGCGCUGAGGGUCUGCUCUGGGUCAGCGCGGGAGCGGCGCAGCGGGGGCGCGCACGCACGAAUGUUACACAUACCAUGCGAUCCACGGACCGAUCAUCUAUCAGUUAUUUGUCCAAUAAACCGGACACGAACUUUGAAUCAAACGCAAACUGAGCGGAAGCGCCGUCCGUCUCGCGUCAUGAGCCGUGAGCGUCAGAAACGCCGAGAGAAGACCCAGAGAGCGCUGAGCUUCAUCAGAAGUGCACUGCCUUACCCUGACCCUGACGCGUAUGAGGGCUUUGUGGUUCAGCUGGUGUGUGAUCUCUUGGACGAGGGUAACGCUGCGUUCCGUGAUGGCGAGUGGUCGCACGCGCACUCUCAUUUCACCGAGGGGGUGAAUGUGGCACUUUACGCCCGGGGCGAGGGUCUGCACGUGUCCGCCGCCCUGCUGGAGAGUCUCUAUAUAAACCGUGCGGCCGUCCAUCAGAACAUGGGUGAGGUUGAGAGCGGGGUGAAGGACUGUGACCUCGCUCUGGAGGUGUGUCAGGACAGUCCUAAAGCGCUGUAUCGUAAGGCCGUGUGUCUGAAGGAGUCUGGUAAACUGAGUGAAGCGUAUGACUGCACCGCUGCGUUUCUGCUGACAUCACCGCAGGAUAAAACUGUGAGCAGUUUGGCUCAGGAACUUGCUGUUAGUUUGGGAUUGAAGAACAGAAAACCUUACAGGCCUCACGUAUCUGCGGACGGCCUGAACGACACGACAGCUGCUUCGUCUGAAUGUCCGUCUCCCGUCUUACCCGCUCCGGUCCCGGUCAGCGACUCGUGCGAGGACCCGGGGCUGUCCGGCUCAGUGCCUGUGUGUGAGGAGGAUAAUGACCUGAUGGGAGAUGAGCUGGACAGUCUGCUCGACAGCGUGGCCAGAGGAGACGAUGCACCUCGAAGCGUCGCUGUUCCCAGCGGUCUGCGGUCUUUCUCCUUUUCAUCUUUUCGUCUUCCUCCUGCUUUCUUCCCGUCCGCCGGGAGCCGGUUGAACGCGCUCGACUCUUUCACUCAACCGGAGCUGGACCCGAUCUCUUCCUGCGGCGCUCUGGAUGCGUUAGACUUCAUCCGUCCGCCGCAGAUCGCACACUCCGUCUCCCUGCAGCGCCCUCUAGCGGUGGGAGGAGACACGCUCGAUUCGCUUUCUGAAAUCAAUCUGCCAGGUGGGAAAGUGCGUCGUAGUUUUCUACCAGUCAAACUGUCAAACCUGGAGGAUCCAGCGAACGCUCAACGUGCGAGGAAUGGCCACAUGACCUCGAAUCUCUCCUGUCUAUCCAAGAACCCUCUAGAACAAACACAUGAUUUCACACAAGCCUGCAGCAUCUGCUUCAUUUCGACAGGUUCUGGUGUGCUGGAUUUCGAGUUCAGAUGCGAUUUGAGUCACAGCUGUAAGAAAGAUCUUCUGCUGUGCAGGAGGAGGGGCGGGGCUAACUCACCCUGGAGGCGGAUCCGGCCACGCCCAACCUGCAAAAACUUCCAGGGUGCCUUUGUGCUCUGUAGAGAGGUGUUAGAGAAUCAGGCGUGUAAAUACGGCGAGGACUGCACAUUUGCAUAUUAUCAAGAAGAAAUUGACGUGUGGACGAAGGAGAGGCGGGGCUUACUCGUCAGAGAGCUGCUUUUCAGUCCAUUAUCGACCAAUGAGAGACCAGAGCUGAGUGUGAUCAAACUUCUGAAUGUUCACGCGGGCAUGUUCAUGUUCCUCUGUGAGGCCUGUUUUGACUGCAAGCCCAGAAUUAUCAGCAAGCGGCGUAAAGACAAUCCUGCUCUAUGUGCAAACACACAAACACAGCACCAGUUCGACAAGACCAAGUGUUUGGUUCAUGUGGUGAAGAACACUGCUGUGUGUUACAGUAAGAUCCGUGCGAUGACGUCUCGCUGUCAGAUUGACGUGUGUCGAGAUGAGCUCAGUGUGGGCUGUGAGAGACAGAAGGACUGCUGCUUCUCACACUCACCCAUAGAGCUACAGGUCUGGAGACUGCUGAGAGAAACUGGAAUUACUCCUGAAGAGAUUGUGAAUGAGUCAAAGAAACACUGGAACAAACAGCGAUCUGUGAGUGUUUCCUCUAACAAACCCACUGCUGUCAAAUGCAAGAGUCCAAUCAAAGCGAAGGAGACCGGUGGGAAGGUGGGUCCUGUGCAGAGAACAGGAAGUGCCGAGUCUGCUGAGGUCAAGGGUCACGGGCUGGAGAUGAAGUUUGUGUGUGGUCAGUGCUGGAAAGAUGGACUGCUCAGUGAACCGGACCGAGCGCAGAAAUACUGCAGCGCUAAAGCUCGACACGGCUGGACCAAAGACAGGAGGAUUUUACUGGUGAAGUGUCAGGAGAGGAAGAAGUGGGUUGCUGUGCGACCUUUGCCCUUUGCUAAGACCUUCCCUCAACAAUAUGACAUCUGUGUUCACGUGCUGAAGCAGCGCAAGUGUAAUUAUAUCGGCAACUGUACUUUCGCUCACAGUGAAGAGGAGAAAGAGCUGUGGACGUAUAUGAAGAACAACAACUUUAAAGAGAUCCAGCAGGUGUACGACUACUGGCAGUCCACGACCAAUCAGAACCAACCCUCACUGUCUCAGCCAGUGGAAGAGAAGCGGAUCACCAUGCCGACGGAUUUAGCAGAACUGGACAGUUUUUACUGCUCUCUGUGUGGUAAACACAGUAACAGCGAGCGUCAGUGGAUGCAGCACAUCACAUCAGAGAAACACAAACACAGAGUGUUCAGCGGAGAGGGAGAGGACGAGAGUCUGGCCUGGACCUAUCGCUUCCCUGGAUGCUCUUUCUCUCUCUGUCACAGGUUGGAGGAGGGUUGUCCUGAUGGUGUGAGUUGCGAUUACGCUCACAGUGAGGAGGAGGUUCAGGAAUGGUGCAGACGACGGGAGUUUCUGCGCAGGAGGCUGGAUAAAGCCAGAGCAGACAUGCUCAUAGCGGCCAAUGACAAUAACUUUGGCAUCUACAAUUUCCUCCUUCAGGACUAAAAACACUCUCCACAACACACACGAACAAACAAACAGCACCAAAAAGAACCGGAGCAAAAACAGAUUCUUUAAAAAUGAACAUGGACACAUUCAUGCUUGAGUUGAGUUCAGCCAAUCAGCAACAGCGUUAAGAGUGUGAGAUAAACAUUAGUCUCCGAGUUAGAAAUCUAAACAUUUAUUUGUUUCAUACAUGUGUUAAUAACCCAGAACAUUCACACACAAUCUAGAGAAAAAGGUUCAGAAUUCAACUUGCACUGUCAUCUGAUAAUCAGGGAUCUUAAAGAGAUCUUGAAGGUUUGGGACGUUCACACACUGACUAACAUAUCUAGCAGGAAACAAUGAUAUGUUUGUGUUUGUCCUGUUCUGGAUAAGUUACACUAUGAUCAAA